AUGUCUGAUCAAUACUGGGAAAUGCGAAGCAUUUAUAAAUGCCACAUCAAUUCAUAUAAUGCGUUGUAUAAGCUGAAAACAGAAAAAGAAGAAGAUUUAGACUCAAUUUACAAAAUGAUCAAAACAGAUUUGAUUGAAACAAAUCCAAGCAUCGCCACAAAAAUUAUAAGAAAUAUUUUUGAAAUUAUUCCUUAUAAUAAUCGGUAUACAAAGUCAUAUUUAUAUCUUGUAAACCUCAUUUUAGAUGAUUAUCAUAUCACAGAGAUCAACGAUAUUUAUAUCAUUUCAAACUAUCUAUUUUAUAAAGAAUACGGAAUUAAAUUAAACAAAUCUGCUGAUUUCAGAGAAAUUUCAUCGGAAAGUCUUGAAAUUCAUACAGAGAAUACUAUUUACAAAGCAAUCAUGUAUGAUGACUUAGAAGCAUUCAUUCAAUUCACAGAAAUUGAUGGAUUUGAUCAAAAUCAAACACUUAAAAACAAGUUAUAUCCAAUUUGCAAUAAUGGAUAUUCAUUACUUGAAUUAUGUUGUUACCACGGAGCAGUUGAUUGUUUCAAGUUAUUAAGAACGAAAUUUAACUCAGAAAUAACUAAAACAUGUCUAGAAUUAUCAUUUUUAGGAGGGAAUCCAGAUAUCAUGUUUGAAUGCAAGAAAUAUCAUGAACCAAAUGAAAAAUGCAUGAGAUAUGCAAUUAUUUCACAUAACAUUGAUUUUGUUACACAAUUGAUGAAUGAGCAUGAUUUAAAGAUCGAUUUAUCUUAUUGUGGAUGGUGUAAUAAUCUUGAAGCAUUUUUAGUUUACUUUGAUCAAACUAAAGAUACAGACAAAUGCAGAGUUUAUUCAAUGGGUUUCAAUGUUCCAUCUCUGCACAAAUAUUUCCAUUAA